CUUUUUAUCGGACGCAUGGUAGAAGUGGUGAAGUCACUAGAGUGGCUUUCUAACCUAAUGUGCGUUUCGCGCGCGUGAAUUCAGCCUUUUGUACAAUCUGUCGAAAGAUUAAACUUCUGUCUUUUCUUCAGUUUUUGUUUGCACCUCUCGGUGUUUGUCACUUACAACUAUGUGGGACGACAACUCUGUGAGCCUUAAGGGUGGAUUUUUGGAUGAAAGUACGCAAGGCGGCAAUACCGGGAAAAAACCGCAAAAUAACGAUAAGAGCAUCGUUCCCGUAUUGAUAAAACAUAUCACCUCCACCACGGGAGACCUACAAGUCGCUGGCAGAACCGUGACUCAACUAACAUUUGUCGGAAUCGUACGUCGUAUCGAACAGGACACGACAAAAAUCUCAUUCAGUAUCGAGGAUGAUACGGGUACCGUUACAGCUAUCAUGUGGCUGGAAGCAGAUAAGAAUCUUGCAGAGAGUAACAGUUGCACAGAAGUCAAUACGUAUGUACGAGUUUAUGGGUUGCUGCGUACGCAAAGUAACCAACGGCACGUAUUGAUCCUGCGUAUGCAUCCUCUGGAGGAUUUGAACGAUCUGACAUGCCACUUUAUGGAGGUCAUGUAUUUUAUAUUGAAGGCUAAGAAACCUGUUGAAGAAUCCACUGCGUAUACUGAUAACUCGUUAGUGAUGGAUAGCACUAUGAGUAGCGGCAUGUCGUCUGAGCAAAUGGCAGUUCUCAAUGUUGUUCGAUCGGCAAACGAGUCUGAAUGCGGAAUUGAGAAACGAGAGAUCUUGGUACAAGUACCUAAACAUAUUGUAUCUCGUGUAAAUGAGAUAUUAGAUUUUCUUCUCUGCGAAGGACACAUUUACACAACCACUUCAGAGGAUUUCUUCAAAGCUACCUAAGUCGUGUGUUAUACCUUUACACAGUUGGAUAAGAAAAAUUUGUCCGAAGAUUACAAUCCAUAUUUAUGUUAUAAUAUAAGAUUUCGGGCGGUCAUGUUAUAUUUAAUUUUUUUUCAUUUAUUGAUGAAUGUUUGCUAUUAGAAAUAGUAACUCGUUUUUUUCUUGGUAUUAAGCUAUAAAUAAUAAAUUUAUUUUGAACAUCAUGCAUUCACGUUAAGCGUAAACUGUUUAAUAAAGGAUAUUUUGUAAAGAAUCUGGUUCUUCAAAGUUAUAUAUUUCUAAAAUAUGAUGACUGAAAUAUACAAAUUCUAUAAUUGA